GCAUUAUAGCCGGGGAGAACAUUGCGGGAAAACAGACGGCCGGGGGAGGGAGUCCAUUGACGAUUUUCUAGAAUUUUCAUUCUCACGCGCCUGUCGCUCCCACGGUAGUAUUAGCCAUUAUUCGUGUUGUCGUAGGUUAGUUUAUCUAAAACCUAGCUAGCGUUGCGCUGUAAGGUGCUAUAUUUCCUUUCCCCCCCGUGGUUUCAUCAGCGGUCUUCUGUGAAAGCGCCAGGGACGGGACACGCUGAUGGCGGUCACAAUCGAGGAGCUUUAUCGGAACUACGGGAUCCUUGCUGAUGCUAAAGAAAACCUGAGCCAGCACAAAGAUGCAUACCAAGCAAUCCUGGAUGGUGUGAAGGGUGGUCCCAAAGAAAAGAGACUGGCGGCACAAUUUAUUCCUAAAUUCUUCAGCAGCUUCCCAGAGUUGGCUGAUGCAGCCAUAAAUGCCCAGCUUGAUCUCUGUGAAGAUGAAGAUGUGUCUAUUCGACGACAGGCCAUUAAGGAGUUACCCAGGUUCGCAACUGGUGAAAACAUUUUUCGAGUCGCUGAUAUUCUGACCCAGCUCCUACAAACAGACGAUACUGCAGAGUUCAACCAAGUGAACACAGCACUGAUUUCAAUUUUCAAGAUGGACGCUAAGGGUACACUGGGAGGUCUCUUCUCGCAGAUCCUGCAGGGUGAGGACAUAGUGCGAGAGAGGGCCAUCAAGUUUCUGUCCACCAAACUGAAGACUUUACCAGAGGACGUCAUGACAAAGGAGGUGGAGGAUUACGUCUUUGCUGAGACAAAGAAGGUUAUGGAGGACGUCACAGGAGAGGAGUUUGUGCUUCUGAUGCGCGUGGUGUCUGGUCUGCGGGUGCUGCAGUCGGUAAAUGGACGACAGCAGCUGGUGGAGCUGGUGGUGGAGCAGGCUGACCUGGAGCAAGCCCUGAACCCAGCAGACCCAGACGCCGUGGACCGACUCCUGCAGUGCACUCGACAAGCUCUGCCGUUGUUCUCUAAAAAUGUCCAUUCCACCCGGUUCGUGACGUACUUCUGCGAACACGUCCUGCCUAACCUCAGCACCCUGACGUGUCCUGUAGCAGAGCUGGACAUACAGCUGGAGGUGCUGAAGCUGCUGGCUGAGAUGAGUCCAUUUUGUGGGGAUAUGGAGAAGCUGGAGGCCAAUCUGAGCACGUUGUUCACCAAGCUUGUGGAAUUCAUGCCGCUGCCACCUGAAGAGGUUGAGAAUGGUGAAAACUCUGCCAGCGAGGAGCCCAAACUGCAGUUCAGCUACGUGGAGUGUCUCCUCUUCAGCUUCCACCAGCUGGGCAAGAAGCUGCCCGACUUUCUGGUGGACAAGGUGGAUGCAGAGCGCCUCAAAGACUUCAAGAUCCGGUUACAGUACUUUGCCAGAGGUCUGCAGGUUUAUAUCAGACAGCUGCGAGUGGCCCUGCAGGGGAAGACGGGGGACGCUCUGAAGACGGAGGAGAACAAAAUCAAAGUGGUGGCCCUGAAGAUCACAAACAACAUCAAUGUUCUCAUUAAGGAUCUCUUCCACAACCCUCCUUCAUACAAGAGCACAGUAACCUUGUCCUGGAAACCCGUCCAGAAGCCAGAGGCAGCAGCGCCCAAACGUCCAUCAGGGGAAGAAAUGGGAUCUGGGGCCAACACAAAAAAACAGAUCAUGCCUCUCCCAAGACGGGACGCAAGGCAAAUUUACAACCCUCCCAGCGGCAAGUACAGCGCCUCUAUUGGCAAUUUUAACUACGAGCAGCGCGGUGGCUUCAGAGGCGGCAGAGGACGAGGCUGGGGGAUGAGAGGCAACAGGAGCCGAGGCCGAAUCUACUGAGAGACAGAAAUCUACAUUUCUUUGUCAGAACUGCAUCACA